GACCAUAAUCAUGAUAUUGUAAGCACGAAAAUGUAUCAAAAUAAUUCUCCGAUAAGCAGCAACCAUAGCUAUACAAAUAGUGAAGAGAAAUCGAAAACACACCACAUCGUUGAAAUAGAUGCCAACAAAACAGAAUCAGAAGAUCGAACAUAUCUAACUCGGAUAGCGCGUGACAUUUCGGCCUACCGGGUGUGGAGUAUAGUGCAAAUAUGGCUGAUAAUUUACAUUGUUCUAGCUAUUCCACUAUGGUGUACUAUAGGUCGGUGUUGUUGCUGUCUCGUGUGCAAGCGCUUCAAGGCGCAAGAAACAAUAAGGGAAGCUAAACUAUACGCCAUGUGGAACCCCCCCGGAGUCCUCAGGAAAAGUACCGGUGACGUCAUAUACACUCCCUCGGAGAGGGAGAAGGAGGCUUAUGAGGAGCUCGAGCAUUUAAUAAGGACUUUAUGA